CCAUGCCGCCCUCGGCGAUGCCGCUGCUGCUCCUGCCGCUGCUGCUGCUGGCGGUGCCCGCCCCGGGCACGGCGGCGGCGGGGGGCUGCGGGCCCUGCGAUCCGGCGCGGUGCCCGGCGCUGCCGGCUCGGGGCUGCCCGCUGGGCCGGGUGCGGGACGCCUGCGGCUGCUGCUGGCAGUGCGGGCGCGGCGAGGGCGAGGCGUGCGGCGGCGGCGGAGCUGCGGGGGGACGCUGCGCCCCCGGCCUCGAGUGCGUGAAGAGCCGCCAGCGCCGCAAGGCGAAGGGCGGCCCGGUUCCCUCCGCCGCCGCCGGCCCGCCCGGCGUGUGCCUCUGCAAGAGCCGCUACCCGGUGUGCGGCAGCGACGGGCUCACCUACGGCAGCGGCUGCCAGCUCCGCGCCGCCAGCCUGCGCGCACAGAGCCGCGGCGAGCCCGCCAUCAGCCAGCGCAGCAAGGGAGCCUGCGAGCAAGGACCUUCCAUUGUGACUCCUCCUAAGGACAUCUGGAAUGUGACAGGAGCACAAAUCUACUUGAGCUGUGAAGUCAUUGGCAUCCCAACCCCUGUCCUCAUCUGGAACAAGAUAAUUCGAGGACAGUACGGUGUCCAAAGGAUGGAGCUUCUGCCUGGGGACCGGGAGAACUUGGCUAUCCAGACCCGUGGGGGCCCUGAGAAACACGAAGUAACUGGCUGGGUGCUGAUAUCUCCUCUGAGCAAAGAGGAUGCUGGGGAAUAUGAAUGCCACGCAUCAAAUGCCAAAGGAGAGGCAACAGCUUCUGCAAAAAUCCACGUUGUGGAAACUCUGCAUGAAAUAGCCCUGACCAAAGAUGAUGGUGCAGAGCUGUGAUGUGAGGACUUUCACUUACGCACAGUUUUAAAUUAGUUUUUUGGAAAGCUGCAAGCUCUGGCUUUUUCUAGCUGACUAAUCAGUCCCUCUUAACUCCCUUUUUCUUUGAGUCCUAAUUUGCUUGCACACUUCUUUCACAGAUACACAAAUAGAUUCACAAGUUCAAUUACAAAUUUUAAUUCUAUUUACAGAAAAUAAACACUUUUGAACAGCA